ACUCCACAACCCUUCGGAUUCUCAUAUCUGCUUCUGGGGGUUUCUCUCAAAAUAGCGGCUGUGGACACUCCCGGAUCAGCCGAUUUGGAGCAGGGCCGCUGCUCCUCCGGCGGCGAGCGGCGGCGGGAGGCGGCGGAGAGAGACUGCAGGAUUUGCCAUUUGGGUUUGGAGAGCAGUAGCGAUGAGUGUGGAAUUGGAAUUGAAUUGGGAUGUUCUUGUAAGAACGAUUUGGGUGCUGCCCACAAGCAUUGUGCUGAGGCUUGGUUCAAAAUCAGAGGAAACAAGACGUGUGAGAUAUGUCAUUCAGUGGUAAGCAAUGUCAUUGGAGCACAUGAAGUUGAACCAGUAGAGCAACUCAGUGAGUCGAACAAUGCAACGGUAUCGACAACCACCGUUGCGACGUCGGUGACCGGUGGUCCCAAUGGUGGCCGGAGCUUUUGGCAAGUCCACCGUGUGCUGAAUUUUCUUCUGGCUUGUAUGGUAUUUGCUUUUGUCAUAUCUUGGCUCUUCCAUUUCAAUGUGCCAUCAUAAGAUAAGACUUGGAAUAUUUGAAGAAAUAUGUAGAGAAGUUGCCACAAUUUGAUGCUUUGAUGAGAUUAGAUUGCAUUUCUAUUU